AUGCUGGAGAAAAGGGCUGCUGCAUUGCAAAAGCGCGCAUCGCGUGCGGUGGACCAGGCAUCGCGCACUGUGGCAAAAGCUGUAGAGACGGCUGUUGAAGUGUCAGCACAGGAUCUGCAACAACCCACAGUCGUCCUUCGCUGGAAGGAGGGUGGCUGCAUCCCCGACAACAUGCGCAUUCUUGUGUGGCAGUUGGCGAAGAUUCGUGUCCCCUUCACGAACAUUGGUGCGGUAGUCGAGGCUGUAAUCAAGAGCAUCGGGGGUAGAGUGGAGGGCAAGAUCGGCGAGAAGUCUGUGAGUCGGAUCGUGGGCGAGGGCGCAGUUGCUCUUGAUCUGAUGCUGGUUGAAGCUAUUGAAAGCGCGGAAGGAUACAGUAUUAGCAGUGAUGGCACACAGCACCGGAAGAAUCAGUAUGAUGCCCAGCACCUCUGUAUCAACAACAAGAGUACCCACACUCGGUACAACCUCGGUGUCAUGCAAUCUACGGACCACACCAGUGAGACACAGCUCCAGAACUGGGAGAAACGUCUUACCUUGAUGUUUGACACAUUCAACAACAGCCCGUUGGCGCAUAGCAAGAGAGCCGAUGUGCGUGGCUUCUGGGCAAGGCUGUGUACUUUCCUCAGUGACCAUGCCAAAGACCAAAAGAAGCUCGCAAAAUUGAUGCACGUACUGAAGAGGCUAUGCAACAUCGAGCUCCGUGGUGAAGAGGCCGCCCGGAGUAUGUCUGUGGAGCAGUUUCUGGCCCUUCUGAUCGAGGAGUGUUCAGCUUCGGAAGGCAACUCGACAGAAAGUAACCUUACCGUGGAGCAGAAGGCCCUCAAAGCACGACAGCGCGUCAUCCAGAAGCUCGGGGAGGAUGCGUUUGAAGCCCUGCCUCUGUCCGAGCAGCGAGUCGUGACGUUGUUCAUACAUGCCGGAUGUUGUAUGCACAAGGACCUGAACGCGACACAGGGCGGCAACACGGCGAUGGUCGCAUUCUGGACAGCGGCCGGCCUCGACCCUCCUGUUCGACUCUUGAACAGAGAUAACACUGCGGCUGCCCAGACAGGUUCAGAAGCAGCUAUUCAUCAGGCCUUCGAGAACUCACAAGGUGGGGGAACCAAGGUGACGGAGCUGACGGGGCUUCUAUUCAAUCACCGGGAAGACACAAAGGGUCAACAAGACAGCUUCCGCUACUCGAUGGAGAAGGCGACUGGAAAGCUCUUUACCUUUCCGGAUACCAGCAACACACGCUUCGGUUCUCAUGGCGACGCCGCCACUGUCCUCGUGGAGCAUCUAGAGCACAUCCUCGUAUUUCUGGAGCAAAUCCGUGAUCAGAAACAGAGCGGUGAAUGGACAAACCUCGAGGCAAACGUUUGGAAGGCGCUUCAUGACGCUCCGACACUCACCGAGUUGUGUGUCCUCUCCCUCUAUUCCCAAGCUGUCAGCCACCCAUACAUGGCGAUUGUCCGGGGUGCCGACGAUCCAAACCAUCUUGAGCUCGGACCCCUUCACGACGCAGUCAAGGCACACAUCGAUGUGGUGAUCGAGCAGCCGGACCGACUCCUGGCAGUUGAUGCAUCACACGUGAGGGGCGCAUUAGGCGGCAGGCUCUGGGACUCACCGAGAGGAUUCGAAGCUGUACAGGAGUUAUCCCCCCAUUUGCCGCACAUCAAGGAAGCUCUUGUCGCGUUCCUGAGGGGUGCUCGAGUGACCUGGGAGCGCUUCUCCAGCGAGUAUGCAGCUGGUGGAGAGAUCAACGGCCUGUCAGCGGAGGAAAAGGAGAUGUUCUACGCACCAGCAACCAAUGACCUGAACGAAGGUGCCCUCGGCUUCGCGAAAGUGUAUCUCCGUGCUUCUCCGAACAUCACUCUCGAAACUAUCAAUGCACUAUCAGCACUUCGUCAGCCUAACCUCAUCGAGUAUACGGAAGGACUCACCAGCUCGACCAAGGCCUACAUUCGGAGAACGGCUCGCGACCGCAACGAGCAGGGAACGGGGAAGGCGCGGCGCAAGUUCCUCGCAGAGUGGAGCGCGCGGGUCGCACAGCAGGCUCGAGAAGCGCGCCUGACCUCACUUGAAACGAAGGUGAACAAGCUGCGCGCCCUCCUCGCAGUCGAACCCUUGGGUGUGGCCGAAAUCCCGCGGAUCGGCAGCAUGAAAUUUGACACUGUCAAGGGCCAGGUCCGAUGGUAUCGUCAGUUCGUGGACACGGGCGACAUCAAGGUAGUGCGGGUUCUCAAGGACUUACGCAAAAGAAUCGACUGGGAGAACGCACUGCGGCACUUCAUCCAGCUCUAUGCACAGCCAGAUGUGCGCGCGCGGACCGAGGAUGAGCUUUCAAAGGUGCGGGUCGAGCUGAGGGCCAUGGACGAGGAGCUGGCCAAGGGGAGAGGGGCAGUGGCCAGUGGGAGUGCGGUGGGAGUUGGCAUGGUGCGGGGCGCACCGGACACUGCGUGCUGA